AUGGAAUACUCAUCUGGGCAGGAAACACAAAAUACAUCGUCUACUAUCCUACCGCUUCCUGAGGAUGUGGUCGCGCAGAUCAAAUCUUCUACCACAAUCACCAGCCUCAAUCAGGUAGUCCUUGGCUUAUUCGAAAACUCCUUGGAUGCACAGGCAACAAAGAUCGACAUCACUAUCGACUAUCGCCGAGGUGGUUGCACUGUUGAAGACAAUGGUAUUGGCGUCUUACCGUUGGAGUUUCGCGAAACUGGUGGACUCGGUCGCAUGUAUCACACUUCAAAGCAAAAGAACAACGCGCAACUCGACACCCAUGGCGGCCGGGGUACAUUCCUGGCUUCAGUGGCGGCACUCUCGCUCCUCACCAUCACGUCACGGCAUACUCAGCACUAUUCUCACAAUACUGUGAGCUUACAUCGCUCCAAGGUCAUAUCCCGAUUGACGCCUGCGCCUCCUCAGCAUGCAAUACGUACUAGCACUGGCCAUGGCACGCGUACAUCCGUCAGAGACCUGUUCGGUAACAUGCCUGUGAGAGUCAAACAGCGAGCCGCCAUCGAUGAAGGGGGACUUGAAACAGAAAGGCAGUGGCAAUCUCUGAAGGUCGGUCUCGUGAGCUUGCUUCUUCCAUGGAACCGACGCGUGGCACUCCAAGUCACAAAUUCUGACAGUCCGGGAAAGACUUUUCCAGUCAACACCAGAGCGCAAUUCAUACCAAAUACGCUAAGUGAGCGGAAUUUGAACACUUUGAACAAGAAAGUAUCAGAGUUUGAUCAGAGCACUAUCUUGAGCAUUCUAUGCCAAGCAGGUAUCGUCUCAACUGACUCCAAGACUAGCUGGAUACCGGUAUCUGCAUCAACUUCCUCGGUCACCGUCAAAGGUCUCAUGUCAUUAGAGCCUGCCCCUACCAGGGUCGCACAGUUCAUGUCUAUUGGAAUCAUACCUUGUCUGGACGAGAACAGACAUAACGAGCUAUACGAAACGGUCAAUCAACUCUUCAACCAGUCGAGUUUUGGUCACAUAGAUGAUGGUUCCGAACCUGCCGAGGCUGAAAUGAAACGUCGGCAGCACGAUCGACGUUACAAGACAGAUGGACCCACAAUCAAACAACUCCAAGGUGGUAGGAAAGGAGUGGAUAGAUGGCCCAGGUUCUAUCUUCGCAUCGAUCUGAAGACCAAGGGGAAUACACAACUCGUGAGCAACCUCGGUGAUAUGCAUCUCAAGAGUAUUAUCAAUGUCCUUGAGAGCUUGACUAUACAUUGGUUAGAAGCAAACAACUUUCGACCGAAGAAGCUAAGACAGAAGAGAAAGCAAGUUUUGAAAGUCCCUGAAGACACAAGCCAACCGAACUCUGAUGUCAUGUCGCCAAAAAAAAAUCACCGAAGCUCUAAGAGGGUGCGGUCAGGGACUGUGGCGGAUACUGCUUUACCAACGAUGCCUUUUACAGACUGGAGCCGGAUCAAGAGCGCUAAGCCACAGAUGUACGACAGUAUAUGGAAGUCAAAGACACCACCGUCAAGACAAUCCACGACCAUCGUGUCGAUGGAACAGACGACAAGGCACGAGCCAGAUAAAACUGCUACUAUCGCCGUCGAGUCUGUCACUGCAAACCAAUUUGGACCUCCACACAACUCCACGGUUGCGGCCGCUGAAACUCAAGACUCGAACAACCUCAAAUCCGCUCCUGCUCAGAAUCAAGACGGAGAGAUUUAUGUUCACUGGAUUGAUUCGAAGACGAAUCAAAAGCAUCGUGUCAAUGCCCGUACUGGUAUCGUUAUGCCGGACGAGACACAAAGACCAACCUCCAAUCGUGCACCCACAGGCAGAUUUGCCGCAAACUCCCGAUUGUCAUCCUUCGGUAAUCCUCUUGUUUUGGAACGAAGGAAAAGCAAUGCGCCAUCUACACAGGAUGGAUCCUCGAAUACUACUUUGGAUUCACCUUGGCUUCAAGGACUUCUCCAAACUUGGAAGAAUCCGAUUUUCGGGACUCAGGCUGAAGAAGCAAUACCGGUUGCCGGCUUUGGCCAAUCGAUGCAAGGAACGUCCGCCUCGCACAACCAUCAUGGGCAAUGUUCCAUAGCAGACUCGUUCUCGCUUGCGGGUAUCACCGACACGAGUCGACUGUCCAAAUCCGCAUUGCCAUAUGCGCAGGUCAUCUCUCAAGUCGAUGACAAGUUCAUCUUGAUGAAGAUGCCAAGUCUGGCAGGACUAAAUCCACAAGAGCUCAAUCAUACGAGGCAACUGCUUGUGUUGAUGGACCAGCACGCAGCAUCCGAACGGUGUAUCCUCGAACAACUGCUCUCAGAGCUCUGUACAUCAACUCGAGGAACUCCACUCAUCAAAUCAAACCUUGGCUUCACCUCGGACAUUGUCACAGAAGCAGUGAACAAGCCGUUGCAGUUUCAGAUUCCAUUGCAAGAAGAAGCCAUGUUUAGAGCUUAUGCAGCACACUUUGCAGCUUGGGGCAUUCUCUACGACAUUAUUCCGCAUACUACCGACCAACCUCGAUUGAAGAUCUUGACACUACCAUCAGUCAUCUCCUCGCGCUUACACGCAGAACCACGACUUCUUAUCGACCUUCUCCGCAGCGAAAUCUACACUCUCGCCGACUCCAACAACACGAAACGCGACAUUUCUGCCUCUCCCACAGACACAGAACACACGUGGCUCCACCGCAUAUCCUCCUGCCUAAAAGACAUACUCUCCCUUGUCAACUCCAGAGCCUGCAGAAGUGCGAUCAUGUUUAAUGAUAAGCUUUCGAACGACGAAUGUCAGAGACUGAUGGAUGGAGUUGCGAAAACAAAGUUUCCGUUUAUCUGUGCGCACGGGAGAAACAGUAUGGUGCCAUUGGUUUACUUGGAAGGCGACGGUGAUGAAGAGCGGAUGCAGGCAGGAGGUGGGCUCAGAGGAGAUGGCAAGGAGAUGCAGCGAGGCUUUGGUGGGUCUACAGAGCAAGAGAAGAAAGCGAGCUUUGGGGUUGCGUAUAGGAAAUGGAGGGACAAGGUCGCCGGUACAUAG